AAUACCUGCUACGUGAAUGCAGCGCUGCAGUGUCUGAGCCACACGCCGCCCCUGGCCAGCUGGAUGGUGUCCCAGCAGCACGCCACCCUCUGUCCGGCCAGCACCUCCUGCACGCUCUGUGCCGUGCGAGCUCACGUGACCCGAGCCCUCCUUCAGCCGGGAGAGGUGAUCCGGCCCCGCAAGGACCUGCUGGCGGGCUUCGAAAGACACCAGCAGGAAGAUGCCCACGAGUUUCUGAUAUUCACUCUGAAUACCAUGCAGCAAGGGUGCUUGAGUGCAUCUCAGCUGUCGGGCCAUCCCUCCGAGGACACCACCCUCAUCCGUCAGAUCUUUGGCGGGACUUGGAGGACUCAGAUACAGUGUGUCCACAGCCUCGGAGUCUCGGACACGUUCGAUCCUUACCUGGACAUCAGUCUGGAUAUCACGGCGGCUCAGAGUGUGGAGCAAGCUCUGAGAGAGCUGCUGAAGCCCGAGAAGCUGGACGCUGAAAACGCAUAUGACUGUGGCGUUUGUCUCCGGAAGGUGCCUGCCACCAAGAGGUUGACUUUGCACAGCAUGUCCCAGGUCCUGGUGCUGGUGCUGAAGCGGUUCACACAGGUGAGCGGGGCCAAAAGGGCUCAGGAAGUGCGCUCUCCCCAGUGCCUCGACCUGCAGCCCUACACGUCUGAGCGCAAGGGGCCACUGGGCUACGUGCUCUAUGCCGUGCUGGUGCACUCCGGCUGGAGCUGUGAGCGAGGACACUACUUUUCUUACGUGCGAGCGGGCAACGGCCAGUGGUAUAAGAUGGAUGAUGCCAAGGUGAGCGCCUGUGACGAGAGUGCUGCCCUGAGCCAGAGCGCCUACGUGCUCUUCUACUCC